AUGUAGAAAUGAAUCUGUCUAUGAAUCAGCUGUGUGGUAUUAGUUGUGUGUGUCGUUUGUUUGGAUACUUUCAAAUUGUGAUAAUUUUUGUGUUUCACGCAAGAAAUUUUCCUUUAAAACAUCCCAAACACAUAUUGUUUAAAUGGUAAUAUUUACAAAGACUGAUACAUCAUGACCCUACGACGCAGUCUUCCAGCCUUAGGUCUAAUAUUGGGAGUUUUGAGCUGUUCACAUUUCGCAACGGCGAAAAAAGGCUGUGAAGCACUGAAAACUGAGUUUUCUAAGGAUACUCAAAGUUUCACUGCCUGUGCUCUUAACCAUGCCGAGCCCGUUACCUACUGUGAAUAUUGUGGACAGGAAUUCGCCAAAGUAAUUUUGCAUUACAACGAAUUAUUCGCAAAUGAAACAUGUAGAGCCAAAUACUUUGAUCGGGAUCGUAUAAAUAUCGUCGAAAUGGUUUAUUCAAACGCACAGUCGGUAUGGAAUGCAGGAUCAUGCUCAAACUGCUAUGACUGGGUGGACGGAAAGAUUAACCAGACUCUGUCCAACACUACAACCAAAUUCUUUGAUGAAAUGGAAGUGUUUGGUUUAUGCCUUAAGAAAUACAAAGACGAGACAGCGUGCACGAAUUGUCUCGAAAGUUACAAUAGCGUGAAUGGAAUUUACAAGAACAUACAAAAGACCUUCAACGACAACCUUUGUUUCGACAUAAAGGAUUCGAUGAACAAAACGCGCUUGAACUGGUCGCACGAUUUGAAGUGUUGUAAAGAUCGUAAAACCUCAUUGACCACAUUCACUGUUACCAGCGUCGUCAUCAGUGUCUUUAUUCCAUUCGUGUUUUAUACCAGUUUCAUGUUCUUCGGCUGGAGACGGGAGCAAAUACAGGAACCACUGGCAGACUCAGACGUCCAUCAUCCUUCUGACGAGAGAACGGAAACAUUCGAAGCGAUUGGACCAAGCACGGUGCCAGCAAUAACACAUUUAUUAGACUUAUAAUGAAGUCAAUCUCAUUAAAUAAUUUGCUGGAUGAUGUGGAGUGCAUGCGAUUUUAUUGAAAUGUUUUAAAAAAUGAUUGCCAUUGACUGAAUUGUUAUGUGAUUGAAAUUCGAAUAAAUAUUCUACCCGUGUCUUU